AUGGCCAAUAUAUAUACACUACGAGAUUUUGAUAAAGGGCAUCACUUUGGUAGUAUGCAGGAACAAAAACUUGAAAAAUCUUUACAUCACAGUUUAAAGUCUAUAUAUGAGCUAAAUAAUUGCAAUAAAACAUUACAAUCCAAAUACUUGAAACAAGUGAAGGCUUUCAAUCGAGAAAGAAAAAAUACCGAGUUUCAAAAAUUAUAUACUCAUAUUUCACAAAUUAUUGAUGAGAGUAAACAACUUCAAAAUGAGAAUACUAACCUUACAUCUCAACUUACUCAAUCACAAAUUUUCCAGACUGAAUAUAAAGCCAAAUAUCUAAAAUCUGAGAAUAAAUCAAAACUUGUAGUUGGUAGGAAUAAUGAAAAAAAUAUGCAGAGCGAGGAACAAAGUUCUAUAAUCAAGUCUGAUAAUAUAUCUGCAAUUAGUAAACUUAUCAAAAAUCUCAGUAAAUAUUUUAUAUAUAAAAAAAGUAUAGAUCAAACUGAAAAAAUUAAUGAUAAUAUCUCAGAUCAUAUUGAUUAUAAGAAUAUCCUGAUAUCUGAGGAAUCAAUGAUUCAAAGCUAUAUUCCAAUUUCAAAAGUCGAUGUCGAGAAUUCUACCAAGUUAAGUGAUGACAUCAAUAUUAGUAGAACUAACAACAAUGUAUUCCAAAGAAUAUCAAAUAUGGCUUCAUACUUUGUAUAG